AUGACGAGCGUCGACGACCUUUUCAAGAAGCCUGGCAUACCAUCAGGAUCGCUCAAGCGCAAGCUCGAGGUCCCAGACGCGCAAGAAGCAUACAAGGCGACAAAAGUCUCGAGUGGAUCAUCACCCAACGGCAACCAUUCGAAUGGCGCGACUGUCGAAGAUGAGAACGACGACGAUGUCGAGGCAGGCCCUGAACUUCCCCCGGAUGAAGACGACGACGAAGAGGGGCGAUUCUUUGGCACGGGCAUGACGAAAGACACGGCAGAAGCGUUGGAUUAUAUCGACCAGCAAGAGGAAGAGACAUAUGAACCAGAGAAGAUCGAUUCGGUAUGGCUACGGCGACUCAUCACAGGCUUUGAAAAGAAGGUCAAUAAGAAUGCGGAGCUGCGAGCAAGAUACGAAGGGGAUCCUGCAAAGUUCAUGGACUCGGAGGCAGAUCUGGAUGCAGAGAUCAAGAGUUGGAGUCUGCUGAGUGAACACCCGGAGCUGUAUGUCGAGUUUGCGGAGUCAGGCUCAGUUUCAAAUUUGAUCGGUCUGCUUGCGCACGAGAACACGGACAUUGCGAUUGGGGCGAUUGAGAUCAUUUCAGAGCUUCUGGAUGAGGACGUGCAAGCUGAGCAAGAGCAGUGGGACGCACUCGUGGCUGCAUUAUUGGACGCAGAUCUAUUGGAGCUUUUGAUGAGCAACCUGAAGAGACUGGACGAAGAGAACGAGAGCGACCGAAGUGGUGUCUAUCACAGUCUGGCGGUGCUCGAGAACUUGGCGAGCCAGCAGUCCGUGGCAGAGAAGAUUGGGCAAGAGAAGGUGUUGCUAUGGCUUUGCAAUCGCAUAAAAGAACCAGAAAGGCCUCUCGGUCAGAACAAGCAGUACGCCGCAGAAGUUCUGCAAGUAUUAUUGCAAAACUCUCAACCCAUCCGGAAAAGACUUGCUACCGAUCUUGAUGGGGUGGAUUUGUUUCUUCGGCUUCUCGCAGCAUACAGAAAGCGAGACCCACCCAAGGACAGCCAUGAAGAAGAAUACUCGGAAAACGUUUUCGAUGCGCUAACUUGCGUGGUGGACGAGCAAGAAGGCAAAUCGAAGUUCGUUGAAGCAGAAGGAGUGGAGCUGUGCUUGAUCAUGCUCAAGGAAGGAACGAAGAACAUUUGCCAACGAGCCCUCCGAGUCUUGGACCAUGCAGUCGCUGGCCAAGGAUCUGCGUCGGCUGCUGUCUGCGAAAAGGUGGUAGAAGCUGCUGGUCUCAAGACCAUAUUCAGCCUUUUCAUGAAGCGGUCCGACAGUGCGACCGUUGAGCAUGUCCUUGGCAUGUUUUCUAGUCUACUGCGUCUCUUGCCAGGAGAUUCUGCCGCGCGGAUUCGGACGCUUUCCAAGUUCACCGAAAAGCAGUACGAAAAGACUUCCAAGCUGAUCGAGCUACGCAAAGAAUACGCUCGCCGAAUCGCAGUGGUCGAUAAAGACAUCAGGAAGGAGCAGUCCACGUUACCAGACGACGAAAUCGAACAGCGCGCUGCCGAAUGGCUGUCUCGACGACUUGAUGGAGGCCUGUUCUCCCUGCAAACCAUCGACAUUAUUCUUGCGUGGUUGGUAGCGGAAGAUCAAGUGGUCAAGGCGAAAGUUGCUGAAAGUCUGGGCGAUGACGGGACGCAGCAGAUCAAGUCAUCUUUGGAGGAUCAGAAGAAUGGGCUCGAAGAUGGAAAUGCCGAAGACGAGGAUACUAGGGAGAUGCUUGAUACCCUGAUGACUUUCUUGUAA